AUGACAUGGCGUUCUCCGCUGCAAUGAAGCAGCUCUUCCCGGGGAAGCCGAGCUGGUCGGCGAACCAGCUCCCCGACCUCUCAUCCAAGGUCGCGCUCGUGACUGGCGGGAACGCGGGGAUUGGUCGGGAGACCGUCAAGCGUCUCUUGAUGAAGAACGCUAAAGUAUACCUUGCCGGGCGGUCUCAAGAGAGGGCGGAACGCGCCAUCGACGAGUUGUGCGAGGAGACCGGCCGAACCGCGCUCUUUUUGCGGCUCGACUUGGCUGACUUAAACUCGGUCAAGAGGGCGGCCGAGGAUUACAAACAACGAGAAUCGUGGCUCGACGCGCUAAUCCUAAACGCAGGGAUCGUAUACCCGCCCGCAGAUCAUCAGUUCACGGCGCAAGGUUACGAUGCGACGUUUGGCACCAACGUCAUCGGCCACUUCCUCCUCCAUCGCCUUCUCUAUCCCACCGUCGCAGCUUCCGGCCAGGAAGCCGACGUUUCCCGCAUCGUCUGGCUUUCCUCUUCUGCGAGCCAAUAUCCUCGCGCGCUUGACUACGAGGCCUUCCGCGACGGACCUGCGCACGCGAAAGUGCAUCCGUUCAUCAUGUAUGCGCAGAGCAAGGUCGCCGCUACCAUGCUGAGCAUGCGCCUCGCGCGGAACUGCGCGGUGGAUCAUGUCGCCUCGAUUGCUGUCGAUCCUGGUAGUAUCAAAAGCGAGAUAUAUCGGUCAAGCCCGUGGUACAUCAGGACAACCGAUUGGAUGUAUUCGUACCCCGUCGAAUACGGGGCUGUCGGUCCUUUGUACGCGGCUGGUUCGCCAGAGGCGGCUGAAUAUAACGGGAAGUACUUGAAGCCAUGGGCAGCGUUGGCACAGCCGAUCCCUUUCGCGCUGAACGCUCAAGAGCAAGAUAAGCUGUGGACAUGGCUGGAAGAACAAGUGCACGGGUAUGUUUAGCGGUUCUAUCCCAAUUCAAUAUCUGCGCUAUCAUUACGUUAUCUCUUCCAUGCUUCUGUCGCCUGUUAUCGUCAAUUCGAGCGUCCUGGCAAGUACUUUUGACGAUCUUCCCUAAAACUCGGUGCUUUUACCAAUUCAAAGACGC